UAAAAAACUACAUUUGUUUUUACCUACAGAUUAAAAUAAAUAACCGUGUAUCCUUUAAAUGAUUAGCUUUAAAUAUAUUUAUAUAACGUACAGUUUGUUGUUUUAAUGUUAAAUCGUUUACAUAUUCCUGGGAAGUCUGUGUUUAAAGACUCACUUUCCCAAGAACGCUUUCGGUUUGCAGCCGUCAGUCAGCACGCGUGGAACAUGACAACAAACAUGAAAGUCACACUGUAGUGAAUGUGGAUAGAAGACAUCAAAUUAUGAUCGUAUAUGUGCGGUUUAAUUCCAGCCAUGGGUUCCCGGUGGAGUUGGAGCAGGUUGCAAGUGUCGCUGAGCUAAAAGAGACCGUGGGGCGUCUACAGGGCGUAGAGCCGGAUCAACUGCGGGUCAUUUUUGCUGGACGAGAGCUCUGCAGUGAAUCCACACUUCAGAGCUGUGAUCUCCCUGAGCAGAGCACAGUUCAUGUGGUUCUGCCUCCGUCCAGUUCAGCCCGGCGCUCUGAGGUGGUCUUACAGCGCCGGCUGGGUGGCGGGGUGGGCAGCUUGACCCGACUGGACCUCAGCAGCUCUCGUCUGACCACUGCAUCCGAAGGUCUGGCUGUCAUUUUGGAGACAGACGCCUCCGGUCAGAGGAAUCAAGAUGGGCACAAAGAAUCCAGAUCCCAUAGCAGUUUCCAUGUCUUCUGUAAGACGAUCUGCAAGGCAAUCCAGCCUGGAAAACUACGGGUUCGCUGUAGAGACUGUAAGCAAGGCACCCUCACACUCAACCGGGUUACCGCAGGAUGCAGUUCAUGCCCAGACCUGAUGGCAGAGCUGAGAAUGGGAAGCGGUGAGACUAAAAAGCUCUUCGCCAUGGACUUCCUCUCCACUGCACGCCACUCGGCCUUCGCCGAGGCAGAGUUGAAGGUCAUUUUCAACAGCUGCCUCGACGAACCCUUUGAACCUGCGGAGAUGCGCAGGUUGAGGUCCCUGGGCUUCAUAGAUCAGCUCCAGAUUGCGAUGGAUCGCAAGGAAUCCAGGGAAUUGUCCAUGGCGAAGUCUUCAGCAGGGCUGGCCAUGAUUCCGAAAGACCAGGCCCUGCAAAUCGGGGUCAUGGGUCUCUCCCCACAGUCUGCGUCCUCUCCACCAUCCACCAGUCUCCGUGGACAGCGCCAACGGAGGGAGUCGUGGGACUCCCCGUCCGAUUCCUUCAGCACGGAGCCUACCGUGCCUGCCGCUGUCUCUCUACCGUCGGCCCCACUCCCCGUGGGCCGGUCCAGGAAGAAGAAGCCAAGGAGGGGAGUGCCGUCCAGUCCUGCCCAGGUCCCGAGUCCGGAGGUGCCGAGUCCGGAGGUGCCGAGUCCGGAGGUCCCGAGUACGGAGGUCUUUAGCCCCAAGGUCCAGAGUCCGGUGGCGUCAAGCCCCAAAUUUUUUUUGGGGGGGGCGCCGUGGGGAUGUGACGGUCCGAGCGGCCAGCCCGGCUGCGGAUUCUCCCCAGCAACCGGCACCAAGCCCGGUCCAGCAACCGGCACCAAGCCCGGUCCAGCAACCGGCACCAAGCCCGGUCCAGCAACCGGCACCAAGCCCGGUCCAGCAACCGGCACCAAGCCCGGUCCAGCAGCCGGCGUCAAGCCCUGUCCAUUCUGGACUUCCCCCUGUUUAUUCUUGUUUGCCCCCACCCCCCUCCAAUGUCUGUUAUUUUUAUUGUCCCACCUGAACCCGUUUAUUGUUCUUGCCUGUCUGCCCCUAGUCUUGUUUUCCUUGUUUUGUUUAGUCUUGUCUUUGUCCCAGUCUGCCUUGUCUUGUUCGUGCCUUUGAGGAGCAUCAGGUUGCUGCUCCUUAAGGCGGGGGUUCUGUCAUGGUUUCACCUCUCCUUGUCAGGUAUUUCUUGGUUUAGAGGUGGAAUCAUACAGAAUCCUUUGUUUCAUGUGGGGAGAGAUGUUUUUGACCUUGUGGCCUUCCAUUCUCUCCCCGAGUCGCGUCAUCGUUCCUACCCUCCUGUUUCCUAGUUUGUGUUAAUUAGCUUCCCCUUAGUGUUUGAUCCGUUUCACCUGGUCCCUAUUUAAUUAUCCUGUGUUCGUCUCCCUAUUUAUACCUCUCAUGUCUCAUUGUCCUGUGCUGGUUCGUUACUUGUGCUUGUACUUGUGUAGAUUUUUGUAUCUGUUAGCUUGUAAGCUGUUCCUCGUUCGUUGUAACCCAGUCUUGCCUUGUUCCUGUUUCCCCGUGUCUAGUAAGUUUUAGUUUAGUGUUUGUUUCAAGUGUUUGUUUUAUAGUCUAGUAAGUUAGUGCCCUUGUUAAAGUUUAUUAUUUAUCCUGUCUUGUUUUUCCCCAUUGUGGGUUUUGCUUUGUCAUUUUUAUAGUGUUCCUGUUCUAUGUUUAAUAAAUAAAUCCCUGUUACUCCUA